CACCCCUGGAAGCUAGCCCCACCCGCUAAACGGUAACUCCCGUCUAGGGAUCGUAGGCCCAUCUGGCUCAACUGAACAAACGUGACAGAUGGGUGUUGAGCACAGAGGCUUGACGCCCCAAACUUUCUGUUGGCCGCCAUACUCCCCAACCACCAACCAUGCUGUGACACGCUGGCAAAAACCAGCCAAAUUUUGAGCCUCAUCUUGAGGAUUCCAUCCAUGGAUGGAAAAAGCAGCACUGGUUGAUCUGCAUGUGAAGCCACUAUGGAGAGACGCCACAAUUCCUUCUCGUAUUGGCACGUUGCAACCAUCGAGACUGUGCAGGAGGGCUGUGCCUUGGUCCUCUUGGACGAAAGGAUCAAUAACGCGACAAGGGAAACGUUGAACGCUUAUUGGAACUGGCCAUGUGUCGAUCUUCAGUGAACGGGUAACUAUAUAUUGGCAACUAUUUUCCUGAUAUUCAAUUCUAGGUGCUAGAAUUGGAUUCUACCGCUACCCAAUCAUCCAACAUUUUCGCUCUGUUUUUCCUAGCCAUUGCAAAUAUCAGAGCCCUUCAUGGGAUUUGAUAGAUGGAAGAAGCGCCUUUCUGGGCUCGGUGCGAAAAGGCCAUCUUCACAGUCUUUCAAUUACUCUUCUGCGCCAUCACCAAGAGAUACCUCUCAGCAGAACUUUUUGUCUCCGAAUAAUGGUCCUCACCCAGCUGCCGCAGGAAACCCGCCAUCACCUUCUUUGCGAUAUGUCGCAGGCCCAGCGCCAAUCCCGAUAGCAUGGCCCCUUACUUACGCUGUUUAUCCUGAGGAGGGAGUCCAAGCUUUGAUAUUCUAUCAUAAGAUUAAGUCCGUGAUCAGUGGUGAGAUGGACUGCUGGACUUAUAUAUCUAAAGGCCUUGCUCAAGUGGGCCAGAAGGAGAUUGUUUUCACCAUUCGGCGUAGAGCUGGUGAACGAGAGGAUCACCUACCAAUCGCCCCCUUCCAAUGGAUGAAAUUCGUUUACUCUGCGGCCAAGGAUGGACAGAGAGUCGAGGAAUUUCAACGCACGGAGUUUCAUUCUCCGUCGUUUCUCGAUAGGUCCGAUUUCCAGUGGAUCGUUUACUGCCCGGCACACCCCAUCACCAAUAUCCCGGCUUCGUAUUUCCCCACCGAGUGGCUCCAGGUUAUCCCUCUUAUCGCCCCUGAGGCAGAAGUUGCCCAAAAGUAUGGGAUUAUGAGAGCCCUUGGACAUCUAGGUGCCCAGGAACGGUGGUUCCCUUUUCCUCCAUGGAUAAAUCGUGAUCGCCAACCAUGCAUCACUAUGGCGAGCAUGGCGGGAAGUGUGAAAGAUUCAAUACCGCUUGUUGUCGUCAGGGGCAUCAGCGCGUUGAAGAGAGGCAUGGAGAUUGUCCUCCAUGUUCCACGGGAAUCUGCUUUUCAUCUUAAACACGCAUUGACACAAUUUCAACUCGAGCACGUAUUCGCGCUAGAUUCGUACCAUUACAAAGACGCAGACUCUGGGUUACUUUGGAGCAAUACCGAUGUGCAACCCAGAGGAUAUGCAGCGGGCACAUCGAAUACCUGUAUGAAUCUGAAUUAUUUCACAUUUUGUCCCUGUCAGGAGAAGAACGAACUUAAAAUGGUAGAAGACGGUUUCAUAUUCAUGAUAACAAACUAUACAUGGGCGAGCCUGCGCCAGUACAUUGACCAGUCAACAUCGACUAGCAUCGCUCUCCCAUCAGGGCUACAUUUCAUUCUAGAGUUUGAGCAGUCACCAUCGGCUCAAAGAGCUGCCCCUUCCCCGGGCCCUCUAGCAACCAUGCCACCACCCACCACCUCGCGACCAGGCACGAGGUUUGUCGAAUAUACCCCCGAGAACCCGGUCCCUGAAUCCCAAAAGCCAUACCACGUCCAUUGUGACCACAUCGUUCUACUCGACAAUAACGUAACGGCAGCAGGGGAUCUGGAUAAACUGACUAAUUAUAUUAAAUCGAUCGAGAAAGUUUUGGACGCAACCGUCCCUAAAACUAUCCCGCCCAGUGCCAUUGGAGGAGGGAAACUGCUCAUCGAGGCUGAUGUUGGGGGUCCUGAUAGAGAUGACCUCCUUAGUCGUGAAUGGGUCAAAGUCAGCUUCUCCCCGCCACCUCUGGAGGCUUUACCUAUGCCUCAGAUAUAUUACGGAGUCUCGCGCGUACCGAAGCCGGAUAUUGUGCCGAGGACUAAAUUCUCCUUGGCGUUCAAUGUUUGGGGUUUCAGGGGACCAUGGUCUUAGAUGUGAAACUGUUUACCACCCAAAGUCGCUUUGUUAAUCUUUUUUAGCUGUCUCUAUAUAUGUAUCUAAAAUACUCUUCCCCUUUCUACAUUGCUACGAGGAUGGUCUUUGUUGUUAUUAAAUUGCCCAUGACCACAUCUGUUCUUGCUUCUACGAUUUUUUUAAAUUAUGAUUAGCAUUCGUUUGUAUGUGAUAGUUUUUAAUAUAUGAGGUACUGACGUAAUGACUAUGUUUCCAGCUUGUUAAAAAUGGGGAGGAAUGUUGUCCAAUUUCUCCUUUCUAAUUUCAUUUACUAGCUAGUACCCAAAACUCUCAAUUCAAGAUAUAUUAUCCAAAUAUAUCUCUGUCCGUUGCUUCCAUGCCUAGCUACUAUCCCAACUCCAGACUGCACCCGCCUCCAUAUAUUGACCCAGCCGGCUGAGGUCAACAUGGCCAUCUCUAUAACAAAUAG